AUGAAAGCUGUGGUCCUGGCCGCAGGGUAUGGCACCAGGCUGCAGAGGGACGUGCAGGCAGACAGCAGCGGGAGGUUUGCACAGUUGUCUGGGGUCGCGAAGCCGCUUCUGCCCGUGGGACCCUGCGCCCUGGUCUCUCACUGGGUCCGAGCGCUGUCUGCCCCUGGAUCCUGUGUGGACUGUAUCUACGUGGUGACUAAUGCAGUGUACUGUGCUGCAUUUGAGGCGUGGGCUUCUCAGUUCUCUAACGUCCAGAUAAUCAGUGAUGGGACGAGAACCAAUGAGGACCGUCUGGGCGCCGUGGCCUGUCUCAAUCUCGCAGUGAAGCAUUUUCAAAUUGAAGAUGACAUCGUAGUGAUCGGUGGAGACACACUUUUCAAAGAGGAUUUCAGUCUGACUCGAGUGAUGCAGAGGUUCCAGGAGCUUCAGGCCCAGUGCAGAGACAGCUGCAUGGUUCUGUCGUACCAGUGCAAAGAGGAGGAAACCUGUAAAUACGGCAUUCUUGAAGUGGAUGAUGACUCGCGUGCUCUUUGUAUGAAAGAGAAACCCCUCCCAUCGGAAACAGCAUCACGGCGAGCAUGUCCGUGUUUCUAUAUGUUUUCAAAGAGGAGUUUGCCAUCAUUGGAUCUUUUUUUUGAGGAAAAGAAAACUGCUCCAAUAGAAGAGAAAGAUGCACCUGGAAUAUUUGUAUCUUGGAUAAUCUCAAGGAGUCCAGUGUACGUCUACCCGAUCUCUGGCCGUUUUGACGUUGGAAACUUGCCUUCCUACAUUGAAUGCGACCUCUACUUCAAAGAAAAACUCCAGGACCUUCAAUCCUACAUGUUUUAA